AUGGCGUUAGGAAGCAAGGAAGGCGCAGAAGAUGAAGGCGUCAGUGGCACACAGGCCAAGAUUCUUGCAUCUACACUAGCAUCAAGCCAACCGAGUCACUCGCUACCAGAGACACGAUUACCGGGCGAAGACUACCCUCCGGUGGAAUCAUCAAGGACCAAAGAGUCAGAUGACUGCAAUUGUCGUGCGUUAAAGUUAUUAUCUUCGAUUAACUCCGAGCUGGACCGCCGUUCUCGAUCACUACCAAACAAAAUUGCCAAGCUCGACUUUGGGAACCCUGGAACUUUCGUUCGCCAUGCUCCCAAAAAGCUGCCCAAUGCCACUGCAAAUGAGGCCUUCAUACUUCAAGAGAGCUGGUUAAGCGAGACGGUUCAGUCUCUCAUUGAUCUUGGCCAGAGCGGGAACAAGGAUGUGGAAGGACAGCGGUUAGGUUUACUUCGAGAAGUUACUGCAGAGUACCAACGCCUAGAAGAUGUCAAACAGCAGCAAUGGCUUGUUUUCAAGGCUCGCCAUGAGCUUCUCGAGCAGAUGUCAGAGGCAGAUGGGCCACUUCUGUUGUCAACCGAACGAUACUUUAGACAGUCCUGCAUGCCACCUCUAUUGCUAGCAACUAUCUUUCUUGCUGUCGUCCUGCAUAUUAUGGGAGGCAUAGCCUGGCCUGAUUCUCACUUCACUUUGGCGGCUCUACGUGUCAUUAUUGCAGGUUCUUUUGCAUUUAUGCGAUCUGCGCAGGGCCUACCGAGCAAGUUGUCCAAAGAAGAACUGGAAUUAUUGGACGAUUUACCUAAGGAUAUUCGUACGGCUCUCAAUAGAUUUGAUUUAGCGCCUGAUAUCGUGGAGUACGCUUGCUGUCCUGCUUGUUUUUCAACUUACAAGCCAGAUAAAUCACUACCUACACUCUAUCCUCAGCACUGCACAUAUUGCGAGACUCCGAGUGACGAUGUUUGUGGAGAGCCACUACUUACAUCACAAGUCAAAGUAGGCGGUACUUCAUUAAACAACGACGCUGGCCCGAAGCCUUUCAAAGUCUUUGCAUACCAACCUCUUUCCUCUUGGUUGGCCCGUUUGUUUUCGCGCCCAGAUCUUGAGACUUACAUGGAUUCAGUGUGGGAUCCAGCCACAUCUGGUGACGAAUGGAGGGAUAUCUGGGAUGCCACUGCAUUGCAUGAACUCAAAGGUCCUGAUGGUAAACCUUAUGCCGUCAAACCGCCUGGAGCCGCACAUCUCGUAUUCAGCCUGUUUGUCGACUGGUUUAAUCCCUAUGGCAAUAAGAAGGCUGGCAAAUACAAGCUUGAAAAUGUAUACCUUGUUGGCUUGAUUCCUGGGCCCCAUGAACCGAAACUCCAUCAUAUGAACAAUAUCCUCCGACCUCUUGUCAACGACCUUCCACAGCUCUGGGAGCAUGGUAUUUUACUCGGACGCACAUGGUCAAAACCGUUUGGACGCCUUGUUCGUUGUGCCUUGGGACCCCUCAUUUGUGAUUUGCCCGCCUUACACAAAAGAGCCGGUUUUGCAAGCUAUAGUGCCGAAGCCUUUUGCUCUUUUUGUCAGCUGCCGGAAAAUGAGAUAACCAAUUUGAAUAAGGCAACUUGGCCUAGACGUAGCUGGAAAGAUCAUCUGCGCCAAGCAGAUGAUUGGAAAAACGCUAGGACGCAGGAUGCGAGGGAGAAGGUGUUUGCUCGCUGGGGUCUGCGUUGGUCCGAACUCCUUUGUCUACCCUACUGGGAUGUGACGAAAUUUACCGUGCUAGAUGCCAUGCAUAACCUGUUUUUAGGUGAAUUUCAGCAUCACUGUAGGCAGGUGUGGGGUAUCGAUAUCAAAAGCGGUGAAAAGAACCCCAAGAAGAUGAAACCUCAUAGCCCAGAGCAACAGGCAAUCGAAAUCGAGAAGGGUAGACGAGGUAUCGAGAAGCUGUCAUCAAAUACUUUGAAACAGCUGCGUAAAGGCUAUGUGAUGGCAUUUGCUAUCCUCAAUGAAGUCGUAGUAGAGGGAAGUUCGUUCACAAAAACAGCAUAUAUAAAUGCCCUGUUAAACUGGUACCGUGAAAAUCCAGGCAGAAAUAUUUGUAUACCAACAGUGCUGAAUGAUGCAAUAACCAACUUUGUAUUGCAAGGAAUGGAACAUCCGGACGUGUCCAAGUUCUGCCUCCUCUCCAAGGAGCACCUAAACAAGAUCCAGGCAGAUAUAAAAAACACAUCAUACCCGUCAUGGAUGGUUCGGCCACCCCAUAAUUUCGGAAGUCCCAGUCACGGAAAGCUGAAGGCAGACCAGUGGCGUACUGUAUGUACUGUGAGCCUUGUCCUGUCUCUCGUGCCAAUGUGGGGGAGUGCUACUUCGACCGACAAGGAGAAGCUCCUCCUGCAUAACUUCAUUGAUCUUGUAAUAGCGGUUGAAAUCUCUGUCAAACGCUCGACAUCCCCUGCCCGAAUCGCAUUAUACAACUUCCACAUGACUCGCUACCUCAAGACUCUCCGUGAGCUCUUUGCCGACCAUCAGCUGCAACCAAACCACCACCUCUCGCUCCACCUUGAUGAAUGCCUGUCAUUAUUCGGCCCCGUCCACAGUUGGUGGGCUUUUCCAUUUGAGCGCUACAAUGGGAUCAUUCGUGACCUAAACUCCAAUCAAAAACCAGGAGAAAUGGAGAAAAGCUUCCUAAAAUAUUUCUGUAUAGGAGCAAAUCUAAGGGCAUUUGCAUCCCGCAUCAAAUUUCCACAGACUGAACUUUAUGAUUUGAUGAUGAAGUCUUUUCACCGAGCUUUCAUCGAGCCUAACAGCUCCCUUCUCAGCGAUUUCCUCAGCUAUGAAACAACCUCAACGUCUAGUACAGCUUACUCGAUGGAAUUAUCUGAAGAUGUAUACAAAGCUUUAUUGGACAGACUCAAUGCCGGAUCUUCACCACAUCAAUUACAAUUUAUACGAUGGGAUAGUGAUGUCAAGGGUACCAACACAUACCUUCUAGAUCACAAGGCUCAAUCCAUCAAAAGUGUGAAAUUGGAUGGGGUUUCAUUCUCGAUUCCGAAGAGUUCUCUCGGGAACUCCUUUGUGCUGUUCAAAUCUCUGACAGUCGCUGGAGCCAUUACCGCUGGACAAAUAUGCCAGAUAUUUGUACAUCACCGUGUUGCAGCCAUGGACCACUCAACCGAUGAAACAUUUCUUGUAGUUCAAGAAUAUGAAAGCCUUUCUCCAUCAGACAAGGAUAAGGAUCCCUUCCUCGCCUUCGAGAACCUGGGUGCCCAAUUAUAUUACAAUCGCUUCAAAUCCCACCCAUGUGUACUAAAGCUGAGCGAUAUAGUUUCGCACUUCAGUUGCUUAGCAUAUGUACCUGAGGAUAUCGGGCAAGAAUGUAUCAUUGCGAAAUCGUUGGACAGGUCUUGGAUCUUGGUUUCAUAG